AAAAGAUGGCUGCGCUCAGCAGAACGUGCACAAAUUUAAUACGCAGAGGUGUAGGGCGUCAAAGAAAAACAAUCUUGAAUAGGAGACAUUUUAAUCGAGAUGUUGGAUCUUGUUGUAUGGUUAAUACUACACCGUGCUCAUUUGUAUUUGCACAAAAUAAGUUAAAUGUUGGAAUUUCUCGGUGUCCACAUCUUACGUUUGUUGCUAAUUUGCACACGUCUGAUCACAGAAGGAAAAGAGAUUAUUAUGAAGUACUUGGAGUCCCAAAGAAUGCUGAUGCAGCUACUAUCAAAAAGGCAUAUUAUAAGCUUGCAAAGAAGUACCAUCCUGACAUGAACAAAAAUGAUCCCGAUGGCCAAACAAAGUUUCAAGAGGUGUCCGAAGCUUAUGAAGUGCUGAGUGAUGUAGAAAAAAAGCGUGACUAUGAUUCAUUUGGAAUGUCCGGGUCAGGGACUGGACAGGGAGCGGAAUGGGCUAGACAGGCAGGCAACAUGGGUGGUUUUGAGCAUUUCCAUGGAAGUAUUGACCCAGAGGAGCUGUUUCGAAAGAUAUUUGGCAGUGCUGGUUUCGGGAUGUCAGGGUUUGGCAACAUGAAUGACUUUGAGGAAUCUAAGUUUGGAUUUGCACCAGCUUCUGAGAUUAUGAUGGAUUUGAGCUUCCAGGAGGCAGCGAGAGGUGUGAACAAGGAAAUCAACAUCAAUGUGAAGGACACGUGUCCCAAGUGUUUAGGGAAAAAAGCGGAACCCGGCACAAAACCAAUCACCUGCCCGCAGUGCAAUGGCACUGGGAUGGAAACAAUUAGUACUGGACCGUUUGUUAUGCGUACUACGUGCAGACGUUGUUAUGGACAAAGAGUGGUAAUUAAGACUCCUUGUACAGAGUGUAACGGUAAAGGAAAUAUGAUUCUAAGGAAAAAAGUUGUGGUACCUGUACCGGCUGGUGUUGAGGAUGGACAGACAGUAAGAAUGCCAGUAGGAAAACAAGAAGUGUUUAUCACAUUUAAGGUUGCUAAGAGUCGUAUUUUCCGUCGUGAAGGUGCAGAUGUACAUAGUGAUGUUGCAAUUAGUUUGUCUCAGGCUGUGCUUGGAGGAACCAUCAGAGUGCCCGGGAUAUACGAUGAUAUCUUACUGAAUAUAACUCCAGGAACACAUUCUCAUGAACGCAUUCGACAGCCGGGCAAGGGAAUCAAUCGGGUGAACAGCUACGGUUAUGGAGAUCACUAUAUCCAUAUAAAGAUUAAAGUUCCGACAAAACUUACCUCAGAGCAAAAGGCCUUGAUCCUUGCUUAUGCCGAACUGGAGAAGAACACAGAAGGUACAAUCAAUGGAGUAGCACACACAAAAUCAGGACUGAAGGCAUACGAUGAUGACGAAGGUCUGUUGAAACAAAUCCGAGAGGCUCUAAAACCCAUGGAUGGCUCCAAGUCCGAGACUGAUACAGACACGGACUCUGAUGGUAAAAGUGUUCACAAAACCCAGAGCUGACAACUUCAAAAUUUGAAAAAUAUGUACCAAGGAAAAGAUUUCUGAUCCAAGAUAGUGUAUGAAAAAGCAGGUCUCAUCGUAAUAAUAAUUUGGAUUUGCUAUUUCACAGAAAUAUUAACCAUGUUCUUCAGCAUUAAAUCUUUUUUACAAAUGUCAUGUCUGGAUAUGGCAAUGAAGUGUGCUGUCGUCCAGUGGCAGAGGCAGCACACCAGAGUUUGGCGUUGAGGGAGGAUGACUUUGGUAAUUUUGUUACAAAAUCUUCAAACAUAGUCAAACCUUAUUACGGGGCAAGCCAGCCAGAAAAGCUACUUGUUUAUACUCUCCUAGGUGACUGCUUAACAGUUUUUACUAUUCUGCCAAAGGUUUUUAAUUGAUAUAUGUAUAAAUAUUCUUUGAAAACAAAUGCUAAUUUUUUUUCCAUACAUUGUUUUUUCAUUACCAUCUGUGAUAUAUAUAUGCCAGUAGUGAUGUACUGUUUACCAUCUUAUAUCCAUAGACCACAGUAUUGCUUCCUAUACUACGCUUUCAUUUGCUGUGAUUAAAUAUGAUACAAGUAUUUAUGGUGGAUUGACAAGUGGCACUACCCUGAUCAAAAUCGGGGGGGGGGCACUACUUUUUAUAAACAAAUGAAACACUAUAGAAAUUAAACCCUGAGAUGGUAUGCUAUUUUCUGGAGUACUAAAAAAAGAUUCUCAGGGGGGCAACUGCCACCACCCCCAGAGGGUACGGCUCUGCAGUAAAUCUAAUGUUGAUGACGGACAUUUUUCGUACCCAUGUUUUGGCUUUGUAGACAAUAAAUUCAAUAUAUCUUACCAUAAUUUCACUUCAUACACAUAUUUCAUAAAUACGUGGGGAGUUUUUCAAGAUUUUCUCCGAACACAUGGUCGUGUGCUUUGUAAUAUUCAGAUAGAAAAUCUUCAGUAACUGUUUUGAAUUGGAAUGUUUCCAGCAUUCUGAACACAGAAAUAUUUAUUGUACAUGAAGCCAAAAUGAUGGUGCUAUCAGUAACUGUCAUUGGCCGUAUAGACUUCUACUAAAGCCUUACGUCUGGACUAAACAUUAUUAGUAUUGGCCACCACUUGAAGGUAUGUUUCACCAUAAGGAAUAUAAAAAGUAAGAUAUUGCAUAAGUAGUAGUCUUGUUAACAUUUCUACAAGCAGAUGUUAUUCAUGAAAGACGAGUGAAUCAUAUGUGUUCAGGGCUAGCUCUGGCACUCACCAAAUUCGCCAGUUGAGAAUUUUGAAACAAGUUGGCGAAUUUUAUUUUAAUUUGGCGAAAUAUUUUUCUCACCCAGAGCUAGCCCUGGUGUUACUUUGUUACCUUUAACAUAGAAGAUGCAGAAUUUAGCUCAGUCAAUAGAGAACUAACUUAAGGUGCUUAGGUCCUAGGAUUGAACCUUCUUGGAAGGCCCAUUGGGUUUUUCCCAUCCCAACCAGUGCCCCACUACUGGUAUAUAGAAAGUUGUAGUAUGUGCUGACCUGUCUGUGGGAAAGUGCAUGUAAAAAAUCCCUUGCUAUUGAUAAACGAAAUGUAGCAGGUUUCCUCUAAGAAUGUAUUGCCCGCUUUCCAUUGACGCAAAUGUGUAUAUGCAAAGUACCUUUUUCAUACAGUAUAUGCUUUUCCACGUGCCAAAAAAAAAGUCUAUCAGUGAGCGGUUUUUCCUCAUAAUGAUGCCGUAGCACAAAGCAUAUACUAGCGGCUUAAAAAUACUCUUCAAUGUCAAAUUUUGUAUACAAAUCUGCUUGUGAAAACACACAUAUCGGUGUUUGACAAAUGUUUGAAAAAGUCACUAGCCCUUGCAGCAACUUUGGCUAGUGCCUUGUGUACUAUAAUACUAGUAACACAGUCAAUAAUUUCCACUAGCCCAGACCAAAAAUUGACUAGCCAGGACUGAGGGUUAGUGGAUUUUCUGAACCCUGCAUAUGGAAAUGCACAUUUUUGGCACACGGAAAUGCAUAUUAUAAAUCGCAAGCGGAUUCUGUUAAUGAAAAGUGGGAAUAUGUCAAAUUUAUUAAGUGUUUGACAUCCAAUAGAAAUGAUAGUUAAUCAAUAUGUUCCAGAGGUGUCAUUAAACAGAACAAUCUAUUAUUUUGAUCAUAGAUCAUCUUUUUCAAUAAAAAUAGCAUGUCGUAUCCUGAAUUGCAAAAAAAAUAUUUGUGAACUGCUUUUAUUUUAAAUCUUUAUGUAGGCCUACUGAUAUAUUCAUGAGUUGUUAUCAGUGGGUUACCUAAUGGUAUACUCCGAGUAUGUAAUAUGUACAAAAGAGUGAGUGUUUGUUUCUGCACAUUGUGAUAUGGCAGGCCUCCACGGCAUUGUAGUCUUGUUAUGUGUCAUCUAGAGUAAAGUGUUGUUCCAAGCCAUUGGUCAUACCCAUUACACUCAACAUGUCUCAGUAUUUUCAUACAUGCAUGCUUGCACACACACACACACACGCAUGCUAGCAUGCACACACACACACACACACACAUGCUAGCAUGCACAAACACACACACACACACACAUGCUAGCAUGCACACACACACACACGCGUGCACA